AUGUCUUCGCAGGUAGGCCUGCCGGUCAUGGGAACAGUUGCGUUCCGCAAGGCGCACGAGCUGAUCGCGCAGUGGCGCUCGAUCGACACUGCCGUCUACUCCACCUUCAUUCUCGCGGAAAACGGAUUGAGCGCAGAGGUGAGCCUCGCCGUGGCCGAGCACAUCAAAGGUAGCUGCCAAGACAGGCCAGUGCCGGUGUGGCUCGAAGCCCCAGAGAAUCCGUCACCGCACGCAAACGCAACGCAGCUGCAGGUGUGUGCCGCGCGCCACCCGCUCGUCAGAGAAGUGCAUGUGCUGCAGUGGGCACGCAAUGAGGGAUGCGCAGUCGCGUGGAAUGCAAUUCUGCGCCACGGCUUUGGUCUGGGUGCGCCGUACGUCAUUGUCGCCAACGACGACGUCUCUUUCUCCCCCUGGGCCCUCCACGCCUUCCACAGCGCCGUCAUGCAGAGGCUCUUGAAGGAUCGAGUACCCUCAAGCAAUCUGUAUCCUGCGCUUCGCGCCUCCAUGCCAAACAAGCAGUCUGGCCGGCACAGCGGCGGCAACUGGUCGCUCUUCGCCUUUAGCCGCGGCGUUGUGGAGCGGGCGGGCUACUUUGACGAGAACAUAUUCCCUCCCUACUACGAGGACGACGACAUGACGAUCCGGCUCGCGCUCCUCGGCGUCCCCGACCUACGCGUGCGCGAGGCGAGUUUUGUGCACGCGGCCAAGCACACUGGACACGACCAGCUGCCGGCUGCGGAUAUGGAGAUGCUGAGGGCAAUGGGCCGGCGCGCCUGCACGGCGGUAUACCUGGCGCGCAAGUGGCGCCUGCACGUCAAGCACGACUCGCGCGGCUGGGGUCGUUUCUACCAGGACGACUCGCAGCCGCGGCCGGGCGCCGCAGCAGAGGACUGGGCGUGGCUCGAGUUUCAGCGAGGCGGCGUGCCGUACCGUGCGUGGCCCAAGGCGACAAGACAAUCGGUGCUGGCUACCGCCGUCGAGCGGUGGAGGCCGGUCGACCUCGACCGCCAGCAGUACAUUCGCAGCGGCGGUGGAGACGUCUGCUACCACUGCUUGUCGGGUGCCACCGCUCCCUCCCCGCCCUGGAUGGGCGCGGUGUGCCGCGAACUCUCCGCUCCGCCUGCGCCGGAGGGCAGCGCGCGGGGCACUGCGGGCCUCACGCGCGAGUACAGGUGCUACGUGCAGAGGUACGCCGACCUGCUGCGCGCGUACUGCGACGGCAAGCUCGCCUCCUGCAACUGGCGCAAGGUUGCGAGGCACUGGGAGCGCAGCGGGCGCGCAGAGGGCCGCAGCAAGGGGUGCAACCAGGCCACUGGUGCCCGGUCAACAGCAGAGACGGUGCUCGCGGCGGCGUCGAGAGCAGUUGCCGCCAUUGCGAGGCUUCCUUCGCGUGCCGCGUCUGCGCUGGGUGGCGCGGCGGCAAUUGGUGGUGUCCUCCAGCGCGAGUACACGUGCUACGUGCAGCGGCACAAGGAUCUCCUGCACGCGUACUGCAACGGUGACUUGGCUUUGUGCAACUGGCGAAAGGUUGCGCGGCACUGGGACGACAGGGGGCGGGCGGAGGGCCGCCAAAAAGAGUGCCUCAAUUCGCCGUUCGUCUACCGGGAAGGGCAGUACGAGGCAGCGUGCAAGAGCCUCGCUGGCGCGGCCAAUGCCACCGGCGAGUGUCCAAGCGAUUGCUCCGCGCUGGGCACUCCUGGCUCCGUGUGCCCGAUGGUGCUCGCUUGCGAGGCGGUGAGCGGUGCCGAGGCGAGCAAAGCGCCGCGCGGCAACGUCGCCUGCACCACCGCUCGGCUACCGGGGCUAGGGUUCAAUCCAUCCAUCAUCCACGCGCCCACUUGGAUCCGCGAGCAGCACGGCUGGUCGGCAGCACGCUACCUGGCCUCCGAACGGUACGAAAUCUUCAACAAUCGUGUCUCGUGCCGCAACAGGCGCACGCCGUCAAGUACGGAAUCUCCACUCCCCGCUUCGCCCCUCAUGCCCGCCAUCGCGCGUCCUCACAGCCUGGUGGCGAUCAACCCGGUGCGUGACGGACGCUACGACCUCGGAGGGAGGAGGCGCACGCACAACAUGUCGUCCACGCGGAUGAUCCUGCUCGACAAGAAAUUCCGGGUCAUAACGCGGAUGCUGCUCUACGGCGGGCGCUGCGCGGCGGGCCUCCUGCAAGUGACCGACCUGAGGCUGCUUGGCGAGGAGCAGCCGCCCUCUGGCGCCAUCAUCGCCACAUACAGCUCGUACAUGGCUGACGCUGUGCAGGACAAGGGCGCGUGCUAUAACGUGUGA